CUUCUACCGAGCAGAAAAGAUGGAGGCGCAGGAACCUAAGCUGAGGAUACGACAAAUUUCCGAGCCGUAUCAAAAAGCCCCACCCAUAAUCCGAGCGAAUCAUUCGGCCCGUUUGAAUGUGCUCGCCACACGCCCCAAAUAGGGUUGAGUGCGGAACCGCAAGUCAUUUCAUCCAAAUCUUCGGAGAGUAAGAAUGGCUAAUUCUUACCCUUGUCGCAUAAGGCUAGCAGAUUAUGAAAUCAGAAACCCAAUGCUGAUGCUCAGAGACAUGGAUACAGCCCUGCUAGAAGACAGUGAUGUGAUGGGAUGGUCAUUCCCCAUGGGGGUUGUUUAUUUUCAGAGAAGAGGGGUCAACAUGACCGUCACAUUUUACUGCCCAGCCUAUCCAAUCACCACUUCAGGCGAAGCGCCUUCCGGACAUUCUGACUCAUCUGCUUCGGUUGGUGCUGGGUCGUCAGUGUCAUCUAACCAGGACAACUCUUUUGCAGUUGGCAUUUCUAUGGACAUAGCUGUGGAGGCCUUUCUUCUGGGUUUGGGUUUUGACUCGGUCACACUGAAGCUCCAACAUGAGUCCAUCAGACUCGAUUUUCAAGAGCCUAUUGUGCCACACUUCCCACCUGUGGAUCAUGCUAUCAUCCCAGUCACACAGUUGAAUGUGGACAUGGUCUCUUUCAUCGGACUAGGUGAUGAGGGGCAAAUCCCGACUACUAUACUCUACGACACCUUUGCACGACUAUCUGGCUAUAUGGGGCCACAUUUCAUUGUCGUGCGUCCCCACUAUGGAUUCGUUUUUUAUGCUCAGACAACAGUGCGUACGAGAUAUCCAUUGCACGGAGUGGGUGCUGUUGGUGGACGCUUUUCCAUCAACCCUAAUGAGUUGAUGCAUAUGCUUAGCAUUUCCAGCGGUGAGAUGGCCCAUUUGUUACUGAGAGAAGAGAAGCUACAUCUAAGCUUCGAUGUGGUUAGGAUUGAAAAGGCACGUGUGGUUGUAGCCAUUCCGCAGUUUGGAGAGUAAAGGGGGUGGAAGAAGUCGAAGAAUUGUGGGUGUAUUAAACAGAACCGAGCAAAUGAAGAGAGACCUUCACGUUUGGAGAGAGUAAAAUUGUAAAGGAAAAAAAAAUACAGCAUUAUUAAUCUUUGCUAUUAUUAGUUGGAUAGUCUUGGCAAUUGUCCUUAUAAUGAAAAAGUGAGGUGUGGUAGAUGUUCUUGGGUGUAUUGUCCAUGUAAUGGGAUGCUAUAAUUAGGUGUGUGUUGUUGAAAAAGCAUUUUGUAUUCUGUAAUCAGGAAGUUUUUGCUCAAUGUGUCAUCUUCUACAACUUUCUGAAAGGCUAAAUGUUUGUUUUGCGUUUUUACCUUCAUGGUA